AUGGGUACUCAGUUUCGUUUAACAAAAGAGGAGAGUGCAUUGAUGGAUGAAUGUCGAAAAUCGAGUUUUUGGUAUAGAUCGGUACCUUUAAUGGCAGUAACGACAGCUGUUAUGACAUAUCGACGUGUGAAUAAUCCAGUAAUACCUAAAUUUUAUGGUUUAAAAUUAACUGGAGCAAUUUUCGGAGCAUAUUUAUUGGGUAAAGUAUCUUAUGUCCCAGAAUGUCGAAAAAUGAUUCUUCAACGAUUACCUGAUUCAAAUCUUGCACGUUCAUUCGAUUCAAAACCAUACGAUAUGAUUUCUGACAUGGCACAACCACCUGAAAUCGUUUCAAAAUCAGCAACAACCAAUAUAUUUGGUACACAUAAUACAGAAGAAGAAGAUCAACAAGAUAAUAUUAUACCUCUAAAUGCUACAACAGAUAAAAAUACUUCUCGACGAUAUGUAACCUAUGAUGAAUUACGUCAAAAAAAUCGAGCUGAACAUGCAUCAAAAUUUUCAGGAACAAAAGUUCGAAAUGAUACACCUUCCACUAAUACUCCAACAAAUGUAUCUGUACAAGACAAUAGAAAACCUGCACCUUUGCCAAUUAUAUCUAAUGAACCAACAUUAAAUCCAAUUACGACGAAUCCUCCUAAACGAUCGAAUGCACGAAAGAAUCAAUAUGGUGAUGAAGUAUAUGAAUAA